UUCUGGCUCAGUUCCUGUGCCUUUAACAGCUGUGUGACGGACAAAAAAUUCAGUACCUGGAUCCAGUAGCAGACCUAUUCGGGACGUCUUUACCUUUUAAACCUCUGGCUUUAUUGUACUCAGCUCCGGCGUGGCAGACGUUUCCUCUCGUUGCUGUACGCUUGUCCACGGUAUAGUAGCAAUUUGACCGGCCCCAAGCCCGGCCUGAAAGGACGGAUGCUUCCGUAUCUCUUCGACCGCUUCUAUGACAUUGAAGCCUUUGUAGAAUUUGGCAUGAAGCUGAAAAGUUGGAACGUGGAAAGGAAGAACAGGCACUAUAUCGAGAUCCAGGAGAAGUACGGGCCCGAUAUUGCUGCCGCCGCCUUUGCCCUGAUGCUCCGAGGAGGCAUUAGGUUCCAGGGCCAAACGGAAUGGUACCGAGAGCACAACAUAAAGCGAUACCGUGUGGGUCUUGCACAUUACCAAGGAGUCCCCUUGGAAGCGGUUGACUUCAGCGGCUCGAUCCUCAACUACGACGGUCUGGGCUGCUUGGUUCACCUGAAAGCACUGAAACAUCUGGAUCUCAGCCGCUGCCCCAAAUUGGAUGAUUGGAGUCUGAGUCGACUGCACGUCUUCCAGGACACGCUGCAGGAGCUGUCCCUCGCUGGCUGUCCCCAGGUCACCGAGAGGGGGCUGGCUUGCCUCCACCAUUUGAAGAGCCUCAGACGCCUGGAUGUCUCCGACCUCUCUGUCCCCAACAAAGGUUUAGUUCGGAUCUUGCUCGAGGAGAUGUUACCCGAGUGUGAGGUUGUCGGGAUCCGCUACGAUGAUGAACUUGCUCUGUGUGACGAACCUGACGCUCACCAAGGUCAAAUAGAGAAGUUGCCGGGAGAUGGCUCUGUCCGGAAAGCUACUGAGAUCCCUACGUGAAUGGGACAGCUGUAGGAUUUCAGAGAUAUUUUUUCCCCUCCCCUCUCCACCCUCUGGAUCCCUCUGAUCACUCUCGGCACUCAAGUUGACUCAAGGAAAACAAAAAGUAUGUUUGUUCUAAACUACGCCUGGAUUUCUAUAAGUUAUUAUUCCUGGUAGUCACCCUUGUAAUAAAUGGAACCUACACGUUCAGAGACA